GCAAUGUUUUCUUGUAACAUUAUAAAGUUUUUGGAUCUCGCUAUUGCCAUAUCUUCGUUAGUGAUAUCUUCAGUUGUUAUGUCAGAAAUUACAGUUAUAACCGAUCCAAAAUUUAGCUCGCCGAUUGCAAACGUGACGGCCGCUGUAGGACGCGAAGCAACACUCACAUGUGUAGUGCACGAUUUAGGUGCUUAUAAGGUUGCCUGGUUGAGAGUGGAUACACAGACGAUACUGACAAUCCAAAACCAUGUCAUUACAAAAAACAAGCGCAUCGGAAUCAUAUACACCGAGAAGAAAACGUGGCAGCUACGGAUCAAGGACAUACGCGAAACGGAUCGAGGAUGGUAUAUGUGCCAAAUCAAUACGGAUCCAAUGAAGAGCCAGAUGGGCUAUCUCGAUGUCGUGGUUCCACCGGACAUUUUGGACUAUCCAACUAGUACCGACAUGGUGGUGAGGGAAGGCAGUAACGUGACACUCCGCUGUGCAGCUGUUGGCUCUCCUGCCCCAACAAUCGUGUGGCGUCGUGAAGCCGGCGAAAACAUAUCACUUCAAGACGGAGAACAAGUGUCAUCGGUCGAGGGAGCCACGUUUACGAUACCGAAAGUGAAUAGGCUGCACAUGGGUGCAUACCUGUGCAUCGCCUCUAAUGGUGUGCCGCCGUCUGUGAGUAAACGAGUGAUGUUGAUAGUGCACUUUCCGCCGAUGAUUUGGGUUCCGAAUCAGCUGGUUGGUGCUAUCGAGGGCCAGCGCAUGACGCUCGAGUGCCAUUCGGAAGCGUAUCCAAAGUCAAUUAACUACUGGACCCGCGAAAAGGGCGACAUUGUGCCACAAGGUGGGAAAUACGAACCGGUUCUGAUAGACAACGCCUACAAGGUGGUGAUGAAGCUAAGCAUCAAGGUUGUGAGUCAGGCCGAUUUCGGAGCGUACAAAUGUAUCGCCAAAAACUCCCUCGGGGAAACCGACGGCACCAUCAAACUAUACAAGCUACCUAACAGUGCCAUAAACUCGGUAGAAACGGCUGACAGAAAACAACGAAAUAAACCACGAAAAGGCAGCUAUUUUUACGAGAACAAUGAUUUCAUGGAUGACGACAUGGAGAAUUCAAAUAAGAGAAAAGACUUGAUGAUCGGUGGAAAUCGUAAUGACGACAGCUUGUCCACGACGGUAAUGAAUUCUGCUACAUCUGUUAUGAAGUUCCUGAAUUGCGCAAUGUGUUGGAUAAUAUUGCUACCAGCAGCAAUAGGACAUUUUGUCAAAAUUCAGGCAAUAUGA